AUGGAUACUCCCACUGUCUCGAUAGACUAUUUUUUUUUUAGAUUUUCCACCUUUUCAACUUUCCCUCUUGCAAAGUUCACAACCACGGAUCAUUGA